GCACGGCCGAGGUGCGGGGCACGGCCGAGGUGCGGGGCACGGCCGAGGUGCGGGGCACGGCCGAGGUGCGGGGCACGGCCGAGAGGUUGUCAGUGAGAAGGGGAGAAAUGGCCAAAUCCACCCAGUUAAUUGACAAUGAAGUCUUCCGGGCUUACGCUACUUACACAGCCAUUGUUCUUCUAAAAAUGAUGCUAAUGAGUCUGAUAACAGCAUACUACAGGAUCACAAGGAAGGCAUUUGUCAACCCAGAAGAUACAGAAUCAUUUGGAAAAGGGGAGAGUGCUAAGAAAUACCUGAGGACUGAUCCAGAUGUUGAACGUGUACGCAGAGGCCACCUGAAUGACCUGGAAAAUAUUGUCCCGUUUGUUGGCAUCGGACUGCUGUAUGCUCUGAGUGGCCCUGAGCUGUCCACAGCCCUGCUGCACUUCAGGAUGUUCGCAGGGGCUAGGAUCCUCCACACUUUUGCCUACUUGAUCCCUCUUCCCCAGCCUGGCAGAGGUUUGUCUUGGGCAGUUGGCUACUCAGUCACCUUCUCCAUGGCCUACAAAGUCCUGAAGACAGCGUGGCUCCUGUAGCAGAGCCGUGGCUUCCGUGUCCCCUUCGACAUUCCACACAAAGUUUCCAGCGCUGUACGAUGAUGUCUUCUGCGAGCCAAUGAGUCUUCCCUGGUAACUGGAAUUCUUUUUUUUUUUUUUAACUAAAGCUUUUUGUUCCUGUUCAGAAGUGUUUCUUUUCUGGAGGAAAAAGAGUCCUUCUCCCUGUAUUCCCUGUUCAUGGGUUGCACUGCCAAAUACUAGAUUGGAUGUUCCCUUUGCGAUUUGUCAAGCGCUUACAAUUCUAAACAUGCCAUGAUGCUGUAUUGAUAGAGUGUUUGAUAAUUUUCUACAGAUGCACUAUUUUUGGCUGUAGCUCUGAAGUCUAAAUCAAUAAAGACAAGAUUAAAAAAAAAA